UUCAUUAAAAUAAAACCAUGUCUGCUAGAACAAUAUUGAAAAAUUGGAAUAAAUUUUAUGAAAUUUUCUCUCAUCGUUUAAUUGGAUCACACCGUAAAGGAAUUAUUUCAACAUUUCUUGGAGCAGGUGUUACAACUGGAGUUGUAUUAUACAAUGUAUCUAAUAGUAAAGUUAUUGCAGCACAAACAACAUUAAAUAUGCAAAAUUUUAUGGCACAACCUAUUACUUCCAUUGAUAAACUAGAAGAAAAUCCAGAUGACAUGAAAACAAAGAUGGAACUUUUAAUUUUAAAAAUACAAGCUGAUUUCUGCAAACAAUUAGAAUCUUUAGAAGAAAACGAUUCCCAUUUCACAGUAGAUCGUUGGACUAGAGCAGAAGGAGGUGGUGGUAUCACUUGCGUUUUGCAAGAUGGAACUGUAUUUGAGAAGGCUGGAGUUAAUAUUUCAGUAGUAUCUGGUUUAUUACCGCCAGGAGCAAUACAACAAAUGAGAGCAAGAGGAAAACAAAUAGAUGAAGGAUCUUUACCUUUUUUUGCAGCUGGCGUAAGCGCUGUUAUUCACCCACGUAAUCCCAUGGUUCCUACUAUACAUUUUAAUUAUCGAUAUUUUGAAAUUAAAAAUAAAGAUGGUUCUAUUCAGUGGUGGUUUGGAGGUGGAACAGAUCUUACACCUUAUUAUUUGAAUGAGAAUGAUGCUAAACAUUUUCAUGGAACUUUAAAAAAAGCUUGCGACAAGCAUAAUCUAUCAUAUUAUGCAAAGUUCAAAAAAUGGUGCGAUGAUUAUUUUUAUAUUAAUCACAGAGGAGAACGUCGUGGUAUAGGAGGAAUAUUUUUUGAUGAUUUGGACACACCAAGUCAGAAUGAAGCAUUUCUUUUUGUAAAAUCAUGUGCAGAAGCAGUUAUACCAUCUUAUAUCCCACUGAUUAAAAAGCAUAAAAAUGAUGGCUAUGGAUAUGCCGAAAGACAAUGGCAAUUGUUACGUAGAGGAAGAUAUGUAGAAUUUAAUUUGAUAUAUGAUCGCGGUACCAAAUUUGGAUUGUAUACUCCUGGUGCUCGAUAUGAAAGCAUUUUAAUGUCUUUACCUUUGAGUGCUAAAUGGGAAUAUAUGCAUGAACCUAAUCCAAAUUCGAAAGAAGCAAAACUUACGGAAGUACUUAAAAAUCCAAGAGAUUGGUUAAAUUCAACAUAAAAUUGUUUAUUGUCAAAAGUUAAUUAUAUAAAUUAAUUUGAUAGAAA